AAGCAGAGGUCCAGUUUUUAAUGGUUGAGAGUAAACAGGCCUCCCAAAGCCAGAAUGUCUGGUUGCUGGAGUCAGCCUCCUUCCCUGAAGCUAGUUCCUGUAAUAUGCUCAAAAGGCUGUUAACAAUUUGUCGUUUAUGGCAAGCAUGACAAACCAGGCCCUUGUUUUAAGGCAUACAUUCUCUUCCCUGAUUUGGGGAGAAGAAUUGUUCAUUACAUGUUAUUUAAUCAAGAAGAUUCUUUUGUUGAUUAGCAUAAGAUUUCAUAUAUCCUCUGUAAAUUUUUACUGACAAAAACCUACAAGUUAACAUAUCUGGGCCCUUACUCAAUAGUGGGUAUAGAGUCUAACAGAUUUAUAUAAUAAAUGAGCCUUAGGUGGGCCUGUUAAACAAUGUGGCAUUGAAAGGCCAAGCUGAACUCUUUUUGCCUCAUUUUCAACUUUUGGAUAACUUUUUCUAAUACUGUGAGUCUGUUGAAUUGUAAUAAUGCCUCCUUCCAUUUUGCCCAAUCUCAGGAACAAUAAAGAACCCAAAGAACUCAGUUCCACUCAGCUGUUCAGCCCCUUGGUGUUCACAGCUGUGCAGGACAGGCUGCUAAAGGCUGUGGCAGGACCCAGAAGCAGGACCAAAAGUGGGCCAUCUGGGUCUGAAACUGCAAAACAUGCUGAUAUGGCCGAUUUUCGGAAGCUUUUUGCAAAAGCAAAGCACAUAGUCAUCAUUUCAGGGGCUGGCAUUAGUGCUGAAAGUGGGAUCCCGACUUUCAGAGGAGCCGGAGGUUACUGGAGAAAGUGGCAAGCUCAGGCCCUGGCCACUCCCGGGGCCUUUGCCCAGAACCCGUCCCUCGUGUGGGAGUUCUACCACUACCGGCGGGAAGUCAUACAGCGCGUGGAGCCCAACCCUGGGCACCUCGCCAUCGCCGAGUGUGAGGCCCGGCUGCGUGACCAGGGCCGCCGGGUCAUGGUCAUCACCCAAAACAUCGAUGAGCUGCACCGCAAGGCUGGCACCAAGAACCUUCUGGAAAUCCAUGGUAGCAUAUUUAAAACUCGAUGUACCUCUUGUGGAGUUGUGGCUGAGAAUUACAAGAGCCCAAUUUGUGCAGCUUUAUCAGGAAAAGGUGCCCCGGAUCCCGAAGCGCAAGAUGCCAGAAUCCCAGUGGAGAAGCUUCCCCGGUGUGAAGAGGCAGGGUGCGGGGGCUUGCUGCGGCCGUAUGUAGUGUGGUUUGGAGAAAGCCUGGAUCCUGCUGUCCUGGAGGAGGUUGACAGAGAGCUGGCCCUCUGUGACUUAUGUCUAGUGGUGGGAACGUCCUCCGUGGUUUAUCCUGCUGCCAUGUUUGCCCCCCAGGUGUCUGCCAGGGGAGUGCCAGUGGCCGAAUUUAACAUGGAGACCACCCCAGCCACGAACAGAUUCAGGUUUCAUUUCCAGGGGCCCUGUGGUAAGACUCUUCCUGAAGCCCUGGCUCCUCAUGAAACUGAAACGGUUUCUUAAUUGUCCUGGGGAAGGAAGAAGUUAUAGUACAUCUAAGUCCCAGGCCACAAACAGAGGAGACACAGUCUCGUAGAUGGGGAGCUGAAUAGUGGAAGAUCUAAAAAUAUCCCCUGAUUUCCCGGCUGGGAUCCAACCUGUUGAUAAGUGGUAGGGCCUUAGAGGUAACAACAGCAAAUGUCCUUACAAGAAGUCAGAGAACUGUAAAGCUAAUGCAUGUUAUUUGGUUUGAACUUAAACAUAAGAUACUUCUGAUGUGUUUGGUUGGCUAUUAGGAGGGGGAAAAUUCUAAUUAAGAUUGUCUUAAAAAUGUAAUUAUCCCAAUUGUAUUUUUGCUAUUUGGCAAAGAUGGAAGUAAACAGGUAAAAACCUUGAUAGUUCUGAUUUUGUACAAGUUUUGGUGGAAAAUAAAGUCACUCUCUACAGUAGAUAA